CUUACCAACAUUCAUCGAGCAAUCAGUAACAGUCGACCUUUUUUUCAAGAAGAGUUUCCCUUACUGUAUCCACGAACAUGACGAACAACCUUAACAUAUAUCACAAAUGGUGUUCAGGUCAGGACACACUACCUGAGCAUCCACCGCCCGAACUUCAGGAGCUCCCAACUAAUUCCCAUCCAUACUGGCUUAUACGUUGCCCUACCAUCGAGUUCGAGCCAGACUUCAACAGCUCAAACGUCUGCUCUCCCGACAUGUCGUAUCAACAGCUAUCCUUCGAUUCACAAUUCUGCAACGCAGAAGAUUAUCUUGACUUCCAGCGAAUCGGGACACCUCAACCCACGUUCAAGGAUGACGACUUAGACGCUGCUUCUCAGGUCAGCAUUGAGACUAGUGAAAGAGGAUCCAACAAGCACGUUCGAAGAAGGGAACAGAAUCGUGCUUCGCAACGAGCAUACCGAGAUCGUCAGCGAGGCAAGAUCGCGGAAUUACAAGCCAAUAUCGUUGCGCUCAAGGCCCAGAAUGAGAAAUUGCAAGCUCGAAAUAGUAUGCUUGAAGCCACUUCCCAGCGACAGAUACCAGAUUCGAAGAAAUGAGUCGUAACCGGCCGGGGAAAAAUUUGACACUGCGUAUAACGCACCAAGAUCUGAACAUGAUCAACUCUCAGCACAAAGAUGUUGUGACUGCUUCAGUUGCCCCCGAAAAUGGUUAUGCAGAAACACGAGAUUGCUUCCCAAGCAUCUUACCACGCAAGUCAUCAAUAUGCAACUUCAGGACGAAGGCAGGAUAGGUACACGAAAUGGUACCUAAGGUGGUCAAGUGCCACAAUGUAACGCAGCAAGCAGGAACGAAAGGUCUGUGCGGGAACCCAAGUCAUAAAGUAGAACACAACCAUCAAAGACUUGUACACUAUUAAUGAAGAGCAAUCGCCUCGAUUGUACGAAGUAUCAAAGGUACAGAACCUCAUCGCACAAUCCUC